AGACGCCAGUUGGAGAAAUCCAACCAACCGCUAGCAGCGGCGGGCGAGGGCGGAGCGGACGGGUGGGAAUAUGAACGCCCGUGGCUCAAAGCUGUCAGUUGGAGCUUAGACGAGCGGGAGAGAGCGCGUAAACACGAGAGCCGAACGCUGCGCCUCCACCGAGACCAGUUCUGUGUGCGACAAUGUCCCAGCCGGCUCUCAACGGGGUCUCCGGUCCGGGGAAGGUGCUGACUCUGGACAGCAUGAACCCCAACGUGAAGCGGGUGGACUACGCGGUGCGCGGUCCAUUAGUCCAGCGGGCGGUGCAGAUAGAGAAGGAGCUCGAACAGGGAGUCAAAAAACCCUUCACAGAAGUGAUCAAGGCCAACAUCGGUGACGCCCACGCCAUGGGUCAGAAACCAAUUACAUUCUUCCGACAGGUCUUGGCUCUGUGUUCCUACCCCGAUCUCCUGGAAGACGACAAGUUUCCAGAGGACGCCAAGAAGAGAGCGCGGCGCAUCCUCGGGGCCUGCGGAGGCCAGAGCAUAGGGGCGUACAGCGCCAGCCAGGGGAUCGAGUGCAUCCGCCAGGAUGUGGCCCGCUACAUAGAGAGGAGGGACGGCGGAAUCGCCUCCAACCCCGACACCAUCUACCUGUCUACCGGGGCCAGUGAUGCCAUUGUGACCAUGCUGAAGUUGCUGGUGAGCGGUGCGGGCCGCGACCGGACAGGCGUGAUGAUUCCCAUCCCACAGUACCCUCUGUACUCAGCCGCCCUGGCAGACCUGGGUGCUGUGCAGGUCAAUUACUACCUCGAUGAAGACCGCUGUUGGAGUCUGGAUGUGAAGGAGCUGAGGAGAUCUCUGCAUGCAGCCAGGGAGCACUGCAGUCCCCGUGUGCUCUGCAUCAUCAACCCUGGAAACCCCACGGGUCAAGUCCAGAACAGACAGUGCAUUGAAGAUGUGAUCCGAUUUGCCAAAGAGGAGCAUCUCUUCCUCAUGGCUGAUGAAGUCUACCAGGACAACGUGUAUGCAGAGGGCUGUGAGUUUCACUCCUUCAAAAAGGUCUUGUUUGAGAUGGGACCAGAGUACUCCAGCACAGUGGAAAUGGCUUCCUUCCACUCCACCUCCAAAUGCUACAUGGGAGAGUGUGGAUUCCGUGGCGGUUACAUGGAGGUGAUUAACAUGGACCCAGAGGUGAAGGCCCAGCUGAUCAAGCUGGUGUCCGUGCGUCUUUGCCCCCCUGUUCCGGGACAAGCGCUCUUGGACCUGGUGGUGAAUCCCCCACAACCAGACGAGCCCUCCUACACCUCAUUUAUGAAGGAGAGGACAGCUGUGCUAGCAGCUCUGGCGGAGAAGGCCCGGCUCACACAGGAGAUCUUCAAUGCAGUACCUGGUAUCACCUGCAACCCAGUCCAGGGCGCCAUGUACACUUUCCCCUGCAUCACUCUGCCUCAGAAGGCUAUCGCCAAGGCCAAGGAGGAAGGCCAGAUUGCAGACGCGUUCUACUGUAUGAGGCUGCUAGAGGAGGAGGGGAUCUGCCUGGUGCCAGGAAGUGGCUUUGGUCAGAGAGAGGGAACCUUUCACUUCAGAAUGACCAUCCUGCCUCCCACCGAGAAACUGAAAAUUGUGCUGCAAAAGAUUCGCGAGUUCCACCUGCGGUUCACUCAGGAGUUUUCUUAACGAUUCUCCACCUAACAACAUAUAAAUCCAGUGCCAGUAUCUCAAAGUGCCUUUGUGAGAUAGAUGCAGAGGGCUGCACACCAAUCUCUGAUUUAAAUAGAUCUUUUCACUGUUUUGCAUCAGAACAAUUUUGAUCAUUUUGUUGAUUAGACAGCCAAUGAAGACGUGCAGAUUUCCUGCUCAUGUGAGAGAGGAUGUUACGUUCAGUACAUGAUGCACGUUGCCAAGUAUUACCCAGGUAUGGUUGAAAUGUGACGUUUUACUGUUGACUUUAUUACCUCUAGGGUCUCUAUAUACUUCAGAUGUUGCUACAAAUGCAUUUCUUCAAGACUUUUACAUUCAAAUUACUUGUUAUUAAUGUAUGAGGCAUUUAAUAAUUUGCUAGGUGAUCUGUAAAGCCGUAAUGUUGCAACGUACAUAUAACAGAGAGCAAUGAAUGGUUCAUGCUCUCAGAAUGAAGACAUGUUAUUAAAUCACACUUUCCUUUGUGA